GUGUCCUGCGCGCGGAUCUGCCUCGCCUCUCGCCGGGCCGCCGCUCUCCGCCCAGGGAACGGAGUCAGGCCGCGCCUCCUAUGGUGCUGCUCGGGAGAGCCAUGGCCACUUUCCGCUUGGCCCUCAUCCAACUUCAGGUUUCUUUCAUCAAAUCAGAUAACGUCACUAGAGCUUGUAGCCUCAUCCGGGAGGCAGCAACACAAGGAGCCAAGAUCAUUUCUCUGCCAGAAUGCUUUAAUUGUCCAUAUGGCACGAAAUAUUUUCCUGAAUAUGCUGAGAAAAUUCCUGGUGAAUCCACACAGAAGCUUUCUGAAGUAGCAAAGGAGUGCAACGUAUAUCUCAUUGGAGGUUCUAUUCCUGAAGAGGAUGCUGGGAAAUUCUAUAACACCUGUGCCGUGUUUGGGCCUGAUGGAACUUUACUGGCAAAGUACAGAAAGCUCCAUCUAUUUGAUAUUGAUGUUCCGGGGAAAAUUACAUUUCAAGAAUCUAAAACGUUGAGUCCUGGUGAUAGUUUCUCCACAUUUGAUACUCCUUACUGCAGAGUGGGCCUGGGCAUUUGCUACGACAUCCGCUUUGCAGAGCUUGCACAAAUCUACGCGCAGAGAGGCUGCCAGCUGUUGGUAUAUCCUGGAGCUUUUAAUUUGACCACUGGACCAGCCCACUGGGAGUUGCUUCAACGAGGCCGGGCUGUUGAUAAUCAGUUGUAUGUGGCCACGGCAUCUCCUGCCCGGGAUGAUCAGGCCUCCUAUGUCGCCUGGGGACACAGCACUGUUGUGAGUCCUUGGGGUGACGUCCUUGCCAAGGCUGGCACUGAAGAGACUGUUGUGUAUUCAGACAUAGACCUGAAGAAGUUGGCUGAAAUACGCCAGCAAAUCCCCAUUUUUAGCCAGAAGCGAUCAGACCUCUAUGCAGUGGAGGCGAAAAAGCCCUAAGGUUUAUGCUUCUAACAUGUCAUGAAAAACAGGAGGAUGUUUCUGCAACGUAAUCAACUCCCUGUUGAAUUCUUUAAGAAGAUUUUUUUUUUCUAAUUUCAGGCAUUUCCUUUCUUGGGAACUCUGUUGAGAUGAUAGAGCAUCAGCACAUGGUAUUUGCCACAUCAUAUUAGAUAGUUAAAAAGGGCUCAGGCUAGCGUUGCUAGCAGAAGGAAGAGGAGAUGGCUAUAAACCUCCCACACUAAGUUGCUUCAUAGCAGUUGGUGAAAGUAUCAUAUCUUGGUAUCCUGGUGGUUGCUUCACCUGGUGCAAAUACAUUUGUGCCACACACCUCUUAUCUCAUUGCUGGAGCUAGAAUCCAUUAUGUAGAAAACCUGGUCUCAUGCUACUCUUUUUUGAGCAGGACUUUAUGUUUUUAGCCUGUGAGUAACUAUGGAAAGCAAGGUUAUGGAUCCUUGGUGUUUGCUAGAGGAGAUGGCAGCCUUUCCCUUCCAAGCAGCCUUGGGGCUCUUCAAAUUCAAGAAAGAGCCAAUGAAUCAACCCCAGACCCUCCCGGUCUUAGAGAAAAGGCAGUGUCAGCAGGGUGUCCUGUGGGAGAAUGGCAGUGGUGGCAUUUGGUCAAGGCCACUUAAGUAUGUGUCUCUGCAGAAGAUUUUCUUGAUGGGGUGAGUGUCUGAAGAUCUCUUCACAUUUUUGCUUUUCUCCAUAGUAAUACUUUUCUAGCUUGAUAAAGGAAAGCUAGUGGUUUUAAUGUAGUGGUGUUCAGAAUCCUUUUGCACAAUUAAAACUUAAGAAUUUCAAUCAA